AUGAGUGAUCAAACAACAACCAUUCUGAAUCUACCACUCUCAAUCUUGGAAAAUAUUCUCUCAAACCUAUCACCAAAAACAGUUUUCAUUUGCAGGAGUGUUUGCAAGUCUUGGUUAAACCUAAUUUCACUCCCUGAAUUUUCCAAACUUCAUCUCUCAAAAUCCCCUGAUAAUCUCUUUAUCUACUUUUCUCAGAGUUCCUGGAGUGAACUUCCCUCAACAAGUGUUUUCAAGUUUAUAAAUUUUGAUGAUACACCUCAUUAUCAUAAUCUCAUUUAUGAACCAAAUCUUGACCUCGACAUGAAACCCAACUUUCCAGAUGCUGGUUUCUCUUUAGUUGGCUCAAUCCAUGGUUUUGUUUGCCUAUUUCAUAUGCACUGUGACAGUGGUCUUGACGAUGUUUAUAUUUUCAAUCCAACUACUCGAGAGUAUAUCACUCUUCCUGAGGUUAAAGGUCUCAGAAAGUACCCAAAUUUAGUCACUUAUGGCUUUGGGUUAGAUCCAGUGAGAAUGGAAUACAAAGUGGUAAGAAUUUAUCAAGUAGAAACUCGUGAUCCUGAAAAAAGAUCAUAUUACACGUCGGAAGUUCAAGUGUACACUCUUGGGACAGGAUCUUGGAGAAGUAUAGGCAAUGUCAAGCUAUGUUUUGGAUGUCGUUAUUUUGGGGUAUAUUUGAAUGGAAAGCUUCAUUGGUUGGUUGGAGAUGUUGAUGGAAAUGAGUCAAUAUGUUUCAUUGAUAUGCAGGAUGAGUCAUCUCACACCUUUUCCACUGCUCCUGGAUUUAGCAAAGAAAACUGCCCUAAUCUUCUAAAUCUUGGAGUAUUGGGAAAUCAUCUUUGCAUAUGUGACAAUAACGCAGAAAGUCAUCUUGAUGUAUGGGUGAUGAAGGAAUAUGGAGUGACAAGUUCUUGGAGCAAAGAAAUUGUCAUAAACAUAACCCCAGAAUGGAAUUGGAUUUGCUACCAAAUGACAAGUCUUGAAAGUUUUCCAAGAUGGAGAGAUCUUGUUUCAGUGGUGGGAAGAUGUCUUGUUUACAUAUCAUCCUGA